AUGGCUCUUUCUGCAUGCAAUGCUGUGCUGAAUCCUUCUUUUGAGACCGGACUUCUGGCUCCGUGGUUUCCAUCGGCAGUCAAUGUGGCCAAGGUCAGCAAUGCAACAAGUGCUUACGACGGGGACUACUACCUGAAUCUCCAAACUGCGUAUGGCAACCGUGGCAACACAGUCUCCCAGCACCUCAAGCACCUCAAGCCUCGGACAGAGUACGAUUUUAGUGUUCAACUUCAGGUCCUCUCAGGUGGAGUGGAGUUCUGCUCCGUGUACGUUUAUAUGGGACAUAACGCUACAGUCGGCAAGGUUGCGUCGGCAGAUAUUUCCACCUUUGGAGAAUGGCAGGCUCUUACUGGGACUUACAAGCCGAAGAGACACGAGGAAACUCUGAGCAUUGUUGCGGCUUGUGACUCCGAGGACUCCUCCGUCACUGGAAAUGUCUUGAUUGAUGCGGUUAGCUUCACUGGAGCUGGGCAUUGCAAACCCACUUCUGACUGA